CAAGUCUUUCGCGUACAAAAGGAGGAGGGAAAAAGUAGAACCCCUGAGGCUUCUGUUUCCUGCCUGGUGCGAUGUACAGCUUGAUUGGACAGGCUGAAGCGUGUAUAAGCCGCUCUACUACUGUGUAAGAGUAUAUAUAUGGACCAAACACACCCCUACCCCUCAGUACGUCCCUUUCCCUCCCAGCUCAGCUCACUUCUCAAUCAUUAACUUUUCCCACAGACACCUCUCCCAAAUUGAACCAUUCCAAGUGAACACCACCACCACCACCACCAUGCCCGUCAUGAAGCAAGAAUACUCCCUCUGGGACAUCCUCACCUCCCUCCUCUUCCCCCAAAAGUUCAUCCUCCUUUCCCUCACCUUCCUCCCCCGAACCAUCCUCUCCCAACCUUCCCUCCUCCUCCCCUGGAACCUCCCCCUCCUCAAAUCCCUCUGGUUCACCCGCUUCUGGUCCUUCGUCGGCCCCCAAGUCAGAGAAAACUCCUCCGCCCUCGUCAUCCCCCUUUUAUCAGGACACAUCUCCAGGGGCAUCACCCACCCAUCCCCAAUCCACCCCCCCCUAUCCGGCACAGUCCUCGAGAUAGGCCCCGGUUCGGGAAUGUGGCUCCCCACCCUCUCCCAAAUCCCCUCCAUCACCAAGAUCUACGGCGUCGAGCCGAACGAGGGAAACGCCGCUUCCCUGCGCCAGACGGUCAAAACUGCCGGGUUGGAAGGGAGAUACAAUGUCAUCCCCGUCGGGAUCGAGGACCUCGAGGCGGUGGCGCAUAUCGAAAAGGGGAGCGUGGACAGCGUCAUGACCGUCAUGUGCCUCUGCUCGAUCCCUGAACCGCAAAAGAACAUCAAGAUGCUGUACGAGUACCUCAAGCCAGACGGGAAGUGGUACGUGUACGAGCACGUCAAGACUUUUGACGGGGAGCUGCCGGGGCAAGGGGAGUCCUGGGAACCCAAGCAGCCAAAGUGGCUGGGGUGGUAUCAGUCCUUUAUGAACAUUUUCUGGCCUCACUUCGUGGGUGGCUGUGAAAUGUGCAGAGAUACAUCCAAGUACCUCCUCCAAGACGCGGGCCCGUGGCAAGAAGUCGAUCUGGCCCAACCGGCCAACUCGCCUUGGUUCCAGACCAUGCCACACAUCAUUGGUGUCUUGACAAAGUAGGCCAGAAGUAGACCAGAAGCCAGGAACAAAUGGAAAAACACGCAUGGCUCGUGUAUAUAACUGCCAGAUCAUAGAGAUAUUUGUUCAUCACAACACCGCCC